UAAGGUUUUCACUUUAUAAAAAGUGGACUUUGUAAAGAGCAUUGCUAUAUUAAAGUUGACAACGAAUGUGAACAAUCUGAAUUGUUAGUCAGUUCGUGACUGAAUUUAGGUUUUUAAACAUGAACAGUGAAGAUGUAAUUAAAUGAAUAGAAUACGCGGUGAUUGUGUAUCGAAACAUAUUUGCUAUAAUCGCACGACACGCGAUAGUGCUUGAACAUUGACUAUCACAUUAAGAAGUUGACAUUUUCUAAAAGUAGUUAAGUUUAACGUAACUAUCUGACAGCGAAGUAUACGUAUUGUUUAUCGAGAUUAGUGAAACUGAUUGUGCAACAUGGCGAUUAUAUUUGAAUAAUAAGUACACGUCGUUUUAUUAUUGUUUCGCUAACGUUGCGGAGAUUCUAUAUUUUUCUUGCAAUAAUUCGAGGAUAAUGAGUGUACACUAAUUGUGACACACGCGCGCACGCACACACAUACACACACACAUUGUUGCAAUUAAAAAUCAUAAGAAUUUAAUAUUAACCGUAAAAACGUAAGGAGUGAAAAGAAGAUUGAGAAAUAAAAAAAGGAUAGUCCUUUCUGUAUAUUUUGCAGAGGGCUUUAAUUUAUUAUGUAUAGUAAUAGGUUGUAAUAUUUUAAAGUUUGUGUUAGUAACUUGAUGAAGCAUUAGAAUGAACAUUACUUUAAAUGUACAGAUUUCUUUAAAGUAUUUCAUUUUCCAAAAUAAGAAGACCCUAAUUAAAUAAACUAUGCAGCAUAUAAACAUUAAUAUAAUAGGUUUAGUGCAUUUUAAGGGUCGUAUGACAGUGAACAGAACUGUAGACUCAAAUGCACUGUGAUAAUUAAAGUAUCAUAAUUAACAGUGUGAUGAGCAGCAGUGGAUAUCGUGGAAGAAGCUUUGGACCACGAGGUGCUCGUACAAAUGGUCCAGCCAAUGGCUUUAAUGUUCCCAGAUUUCCACAUCCUAGUUUUAAUCAUCCACGACCACCACAUAGGUUACCUGGUCCUGAGAAAUGGAUAGAACGUCCAAAUUUUACACCAUGGCAGCAGAAUAAAAAUUUUCAUUUGCAAUAUAGAGGAAAUUUACAAUAUCGACCAAAUAGCAGGGGUAGAACAAUAGGUGGUCGUGGAAUAAUAAGAUUUUCUGGGCCUGGUAGACCAACAUCAUCUCAAUUUCAUAUGGGCUUUAUAAGAAAUCCUAUACAUACAGCAUUAUUACCCCAUGAAGAAUUAAUUGAAGAUAAGCCUGUAUCAGUACCGCAAACCCCCUUGCUUGGUUCUGAAGAAGAACGUCAGCAAAAGAUUGCAGAAACAGCUGACAAAUUAAAGAAAAAAUUAUCCUCUAUAACAGAACAAGAAAUUACAAAUUUUUUGGAAGAUGAUUUGCCUAUAUUACCAAAUAAUGGUUCUGAAGAAGAAAAUACUCGAAAUAAAAUUAUCCCUGAGCUUAGACACGAACCACCUGAACUUAACUUGACAUUCACUGACCUUAAAGAUAUAGGCAGGAUUGAUUGUAAUAAUUUAAAAUUUGGAAAUGUAGAUAGUGAAUCUAAUAAUGAGAUUUCAAUUAAUUUUGAGAAGAAGUCUACAGAUAAUGUAAUAAGUACAAAUAAUGAAAUUACAAUUAUAGAUGAAGAAGAAUCCCUAAUCAUCUUGGAUCCAUAUGACAAAGAUGACUUCAAACAGUCAAAUAUGUUAUUGGAAGAUGAUAAAUGUCAUGAACAAAUACAUAACGAAUUGCCUGAUUUUAAAUGCAACAUAGAAAACUUACAAUUGCAAGGUAAUAAUAUCACAGAAAGUUUGAUAUCUUCAAACUCAAAUAAUGGUAAUGAAAAGUUAUUAACUUUGAAUUUAGAUGAGAAUAUAACAAAUUUAUUACCCACAGAUUCAGUAAAUAUUUCACUGCCAGAAAGAGCUUUAAAUGUUAAUGAUGUAGAAACAAGUUCUAUAUCAGUAUCAACUACAGAUGAUCAAAAUGAGUUAAAGACAGAUUUUCCACAAAAUCAAAACACUGUGCAAGUAGAUAUACAAGAUUCAAAUAGAGAUAACACACAGGAUACUAACAUCAAUAUACAACAUAAUAAUCACACAGAAACAAAGCUGCUUGAAGAUAAUCAAAUUCAAAAUAAUUUACAAAGAAAUGUAUCCCAAGAGAUAAUUCAUCAAAAUUUGGAAAAUAUAUCUGAUUGUUCUCGAAAGAGAUCACUUAAUUUUCUACCAUCUAAUGAAGAAAUUCAUUCAAACAGUGUCUGUGAUUCUACAUCUUCAACAUAUUCAAAUUAUGAAGCAAAUAAAUUAAAUGAUGAUAAGAAAUUAAAUAAUCCACCUAUUUUUCAAUCAAAGUUCUUUAAUAUAUCUCCAAGGUUAACUCCAAGGAUUGGGGAGCCUAGAGGCCAUUGGGUUUUCCAACAGAAUGGAAAAAAUUCAUUUUUUAGAGGAUCACAGAGAUUACUCUUUCAUGGUAAUCGAAUACCUCAACAAAGACAUGUUAAAUCAUUUAAAACAACUGAUUUAGUUCCAGUUGGAUUUGAUCCACGAGCACCACCACCAUUUACGCAUAAUGUACCUGUUUUAAACCAUGACUGUCAGCACAAUUCAAUAGCAAUAUUUUCUUCUAAUGAUUUGCCUCCUGCUUUUGAUCCAAGCGAACCUCCACCAAAUAUAAGAUCAAAAUCAGGUACUGAACCAUCUAGUAAACAAGAAAGUGUACAGUCUAUGCCCUCUUUAGAUUUGAAAGCUCAAACAUUAAGUACUUGUCAAAAUAAUUUAAAAGUUAUACAACAAUCGCCGACCUUUGAUCUCAGGGGAACACCUCCGAGAAUUUCAGACGUCUCAGUAACAAAUAAUGAAAAAAUACCUGAAUUUAAUCCUCAACACCCACCGCCAAAAAUUCAUAAAAGGAAGGAAACCUUCCAACCUCCACCAAUUUUCAAUCCGCGACUUUCAUCUCAAGAAUGUUCUAAUCUACUUGUAUCUUUAGAUGCAUCUAGGUCAACUACAGUGCCACUGAAUUUAAUGGACACAUCACCAGCAUCGGAUUUUAACACUGGUCCCAUUGUAUCAAAUUUUGCACAAUUACCACCUAUAAACAUACCAUCGCGUCAACCUUUUAUUUCCAAUGUACAGAUGAAUUUUUCAUCUGUAGUAUCACAAACAAGUAGUGGACAAGAAGUAAUAAGGGAAAUUCCAUUGCCUCUACCUCCUACGAAUAUCACUCAAGUUCUUCUACCGCCACCAAAAGAACCUUCAGUGGGAGGAAAUACCAAUCCUAAUCAAAGCACAAACAUGGAUUAUGGGUUAGAAGAUAUGCAAGAAACAAUGAAAUUUGCAAAGAAAAUAAUAAACUUGAUAGAAGAAACAGACGAUAAAGAUAAACCUGCAGUUUCUGAAUUACCAUUGACACCAUCCAAAAUUCCAAUACCAAUCGAAAGUAUACAUCGUUCUUUGUCAGUAGAGGAAGGAAAUACAAGUAAUACAAGAAAACAAAAAAAAUCUAGGAAUAAGAAAAGUAUACAAAAUGUAGUCUGUGGACCAGAAUUAAUUUGUGAGAAACAAGAGGAUAUCAAGACAAUAGAUGAGGGACAAAGUGUACAAAAUCAGAGUAAAAAUACCGAAAAUGCAUUAUUGGUAAGUGAUCAAAUAAGACCCAAGGUGGUAUUCAACUUAAACUCCAAAAUAAAGAAAAUACAUAAACCGGAAGAGUGGCAUAGGACUGUUAUAAAUAUUCCUGAAAACAGAGAAAUCUCGCAACAGAGUGCAAUUCAAAAUUCAAAUAAAGAGAGGGCUCACUCUAGGAAGCAUUCUUCUGAAAGUAAAAAUAACACGAAUCAAAAUAAGAAUAAACAAAAAGAGGCGAAAAUUAACAAAAAUGCUGAUCCACAAGUCAUCCCUAUACAUGAAAAAUCAAAUGAUACAUGUUAUCGUUCUAAAAAUUACGGAGAUUUGGAAAAAUUACAUGCGCAUUCUUCGAAUACAGCACUAACAUCUAAUGAUAUAGAUAUUCAAACAAAUCAAAAAUUAAAAAAAGAAUCUGGAAAGAAAAAGGUUUUUACUCCAGAAGCUUUAUGGAAGAAAAGAGUGAUCAGUCGUUUCUUGAAAAUGAGUAAAAACGAUAUUUGCAAUAUGGUCAAUAAUUCGAGUCUUCGUAAGUUUGAUAUUGCAAUGGAACAUCUGGUGAAAGAAAGAAGGUCGUCUCUUUCUUUAGAACUGAGAAACAUGGAAGACGAGAAAAUGAAAGAAUACGAUAGAAUAGAAUUUAUGAAUCAAUUGAACGCGAUGUUAGAUCCAAGCGCUGUUGUCGGUAUUACGGACUUACCUACAGAAUUUAUUCAUCAUUUGAGCGAAGUUUUACAACUUGAUAUACCGUUUGAUACUGAAUUAUCCGAAAGUCAAAAUGCCGAUGUCGAAGAGAUUAAAAUUAUAAAUCAGAACGAAAAUCUGGGAGUACAUUCGUGUGAGGAUGUAAGGGAGGAGAGUCUAAGAAUCCCAUCUUCUGCUGAGUAUCAAGAUCCUCAAAACGAAGAACAUGCAGAAGAUAAAUCUAUAUAUAGUAAAGAAGAAUCUACUCACUAUUCCUUGGACACAGAAUCGAAUGUUAAUAUUUUACGGCAGGAUACAAAUUCGUCGCAUCGAUCACUAUCAAAUGAUCGCGAAAUCGAGAAUGCGCAUAAAAAACAACAGCAACCACUAUUUAAUGAAGCUGACUUGGAUGAUAUAUUGUUUCAAGUAACAGAGAGAACGAAGAGUUUAUCAAACACGAGUUUGCCUGUGGAACUGGAGAAGAGCAUUGAUACAGGUUCAGGUGCUCCACUGGUUCAAACAAUAACAGAAGCUUCUAAGUAUAACACUUUCUCACAGAUUCCUAACAAAACAGUAGCUGAUCUCGAUGAUAUUUUUUCAGCUGGGAUCGCGCGAGUCAAACAGUUAGGUAAAAGUAACGCGAAUAUAGAUCACUUAAGAGCGCGUAAAUCCAGUUCCGAAGAUCGCAACAUGCGUCACGUGUCUAAACACGAAAGGUAUGAAAGAUGGAAGAGAAAGGAGCGAGAGGAUCCGGAUACAUUUAGGAAUUUAACGAAAGAAGAAUGGGAAGCGAAGUAUGGGCUAACUAACACUUUGGUAGCUUCAAUUAUUGUGCGAAAAAAUACCUCUAACAGCGCAGAAAAUUUAAGCAAAUAUGAGAGAAAUAAUCGCGCUCCGAGAUACUGCUUGUCGGAUUCACCAAUGAGACAUUUAAGCAUAAGUCCUUUAACCCGCGAAGUUUCUGUGCAUAAUUUAGAUAGGUGUAUUAGCGGUCCUAGCGAGAUGGAAGAACUACAAACAGCAGAAGAAUCGACAAGUAGUAGCGAGACCAGUUCAAGUAAUUUCAGCGACAGUGACGAGGAAAUUGUUUCUCCCAACGUGACAAAAUUGUUGAAAGUAAUAAAAGAAAAGGAAAAGAUCGCGAAGCAAAAAUCGCUCAAUGAAACCAUCAGAGAUGAAGUAGUCGCUGAGAUAGAAAAGGAAUGGAAAGAAAAGAGUAAACAUAAGGAAAGAAAAUCUCGCAAACGUGAAAAAAGGAAAAAAGACAAGAAAGAGAAACGGAGGAAAGAGAAGAGAAAAAAGAGGAAAAGGAAUUCUUAUUCGGGUUCGUCAAAAUCUAGCGAACAGACCGAAGAGUUUCGGGUACUGACAGAGGAUGAGAUCAAGAAAGAAGUAAUCGUCAAAGAGGAAUCGAUGAGUUCGUUCGAGGAGAAUGCUUCAUUGAACGACAGAACUAAUAAUACUUCGGUUAAUAAGUCAGUUGACUCACCAACUAAAUUGCGAAGUUUACAGACAGAGGAAGACUGCACUGUACUUCCUGUUACUUGUGAGACCGUAUCGUCACAACCUAAGAACAAACCCACGAUUGUUUCUGUAGUGACGCAACCGAAAACUAAAGCACAACUCAAACAAAUGCCAGAAUCCAAUAAUGCGGAACAGAGGCAAAUUAUGGAGAAAGUAACGGAAUUUACAAAGAAUAAUACAGUGAAUGUAGAUAACGAAAAGACGAAAGAUCUUCUGGAAAUGAAUAGAGAUUACGAAAUAGCAACAAAUAAUAACGAACGGAUAGACGGAAUUUUAUCUAUGAAUAUCUCUUUAGAUCAAACUAAUAUACCUUUAAUUACUGAAGAAUCAUCUCCGUCUAUUCAAUCGCACAGCGAAGCUAUCAGUGAUAAUAACACAACACAUAUAAUGUCAUUUACAACCCAUAGUAAUUCAAAUCUUGUUCUUGAUACUAGUACGAAUAAUCAGUCUGUUGAUCAAAAAGUUACUUACUCGGUGGAAAACAAGAGUGGCGGUUAUAAGAAGAUAGACAUAAAAGCAUAUAAAGAGCGCGCGUUGCAGAGACGUUUGAAGGAACUAGGCGCGUUAAAACAGGCUCCUGCAAAUUCUGCUUCGUUGAUUCGAGAAUUUCACCAUUCUCUACCUACUGAUGAAUCUAACGUUGAAUCGUUAAAAGCAAUAAGCGAAAUAAAAACUGAAAUUAAUACAAAUAAAGCACAACUAACGGAUCCACGAUUAACUACGGUAAGAUCAACGAAUACGCCUACUUCGGAGGGUUCUGAUAAAGAAGAGGCCAGAGAGAAGAAUAAUUUAGAAGAAGAGCAUCAGACCAUGGAUGUCGCGCAAGAAACUAAAGAAGCCGUGAUUUCUAUACAACCGAAAAACUUCAACGAGAAGAAUGAAAAUCGAUGCAUAGAUAUUGAUUCAAACAUUUUGAAAGACUCUGUAAAAUGUAUGGAACGCAAAAAUGAUAACAAAUCCUUGUUGAAAGUAAUUUCCAAGCAAGAAUUCGACGAAUUUCCGGAUAAAAAGAAAUCAAAAUUUGAAUCAGAGAAAAAGCCAAAGAAACCAAUUUCAGAUGUUGACUCCUCUAAGUUUAAAAAUAUUCGAUCAGAGGGAAGUAAAGAAUUGAAGUUGAAGAAAGAGAAAGCUAAGAAAUCGUGUGAAAAAAAGAAAAAGAAUUCGAAGCCGAAUGAAUCUAAAUCGAUAGAAGAAAACCCUGUAGAAAAACAUUCGCAUAAAAAGACGCCUGAUGGUAAUAAAAAAGUACCGAUUGUAAGUUCACAUGCCGCCGAUCAAAGUGAAGUUAAAAAAACAAGCAGUCAUAAUAUUCAUGAAAAUUUAUCUAAACUUCAAACUGUUGAAACGUGCUCGGGAAACGCAGAAGUGAUAAUUGAUAGCAAAACUCUACAAAAACAAGUUAAUACUCAUUCCGUGGUAAGACAAAACGACCAAGUGCUCACUGAUAGUAACAGAGAAACAGUAAGCAUUAAUGAAGAUGUUACGCUACAAGAUAAUGAAAUAAUUAUUUCAAACCAGCAGGUUUUAAAUGAAGAAAUGGCGAGAACCCAGGACCAAAACUUAAUAAGCUCGGAAAAUGCAAAAAAAAAUGAUGAAUCAGAUAAAGAAAUGGGAGAACAUACAAUUGAAGUCAAUGAAGUGAGUGCGUUCGCUGAAUCUAUGUCUGCUGUAAGCUUGAACAAACAAAAGGAUAUAUGUAACGACAUGUCAUCGCUAGGCUCAACGUCUAUUGGUCAUAUUCAAUCAAUUCGCACUGAAAAAUGUAUGACAAGUACACCACCUCUUGUUUCGAACUAUGUUAGCGAAGAAUCUCAUUCGUUAAGCGAACAAAUCGAUGUUGAUACAAUUAAUAUUAAACAUUUGCAAAAUUCCAAAGCCGCUGAUAAUUCUACUUUGGAUACGAGAAUCCAUUCGAAAGCUAUUGUUAAAAACGAUGAUAUAAAUGUAGAAACGAAUGUUGUAGAAGAGCAGGAUAGGACUAUAUCUCAGUUAAGCCAAAAAUUAAAAACUUUGGAAGAUUAUAGUAAAGUACGUGGUAAAAACGAAGCGAAAUCUCCAGAUAGUCGGAGUAGCCCGUUUAAGGGUUUUCUCGCGGAUACCAUCGAUAAUGAUAUUUGUCAAGCAUCUCUAUUAUAUCAUACAAAGAUGAACAACGCAAAUAUCAAAGAAAACACAAUAAAAGAAUAUAAAGAUCCUAAGCAACGCUUACAAACAUGUAUCAAUGAUAAACCCAUUAUAGAAUCGAAAGAGGAAAAGAAAGAUGGCGACGAAGAUUCUUCCGAGAAAAUGGACGAAGGAAACGAAAUAUUCCCAACUUCUAAUUUAGCAAAAGAGCAACAAAAUGUUACAGAAAAAACGAUAGAUCAUAGCGUGAAUGUGAAAGAUAAUACCAAGAUUGAUGAUACGACGUUGGAAAUUAAGGAUAAAGAUAUAACAAUGAAAAAUGGUCAAACUUACAACCUUUCUGCUCAGCCGAAAUUUUUAUUUCUAACUAACAUAGACAAUCAUCACGAUACACUUGACGAUGAUAGCCAGUCAUUUAUUGUUUUAGACGAAUAUAUAGAUGAUACAGAUGAAAAAUCGAUCAAGAAAUUGAGCUCUCUUGAUUUAGAUCUUGAAGAUUGCAUUGCGCGAGAUGCAGAUAUUUUUACGACUAAAUCAUUGCAGAAACAAGAGAAUUUGACGAGUGAUAUUAAAUCAUCAAGUUUUAACUCAAUAGCUUUUAACAAGUUGUCAGAAGUUUUAGAUAAGAACAAUCACGAUGGGAAACAAGAUCAAACUAAUAUAACAUCUACGCGUGAAAAUGAGAAAUCUACGUUGUCUGAAAAAACUACUGCUGUUUUUCCAUCAGAGUUAUUUGUGGCUGCAGAGAAGACUGUGAAUACUACAAAUCUAUCUUUUCCUAUAUCUCCAUCAAACGAGAAUUUAGAAGAAAAUUCAAAGAUAUUAAAAACUACUAAACCUAUUGAUUCAAUUAAUUCAGAAAUUUCAGAAGAAUAUCCACAAAAUAUUAUUAAUGCAACAUCUGAAAAUAUUUCUCAAAAAUGUGCAACGAUCGAACUAUCAUCGAUUACAGAAAUAAGAAUCGAAGAAAAGAAUGAACAUUGUACCGAUGUAUCAGAGGAUAAUUUAUUACAUAAUCUUCAAUCUUCUUGUGCAACCGAACCAGUUGUUACAUCCCUUGAAGGUGAAAGCUCACAAAAUUUAAAUGUUCCAAUAAAAAUUGCCAGGAGAAAGUCCAUAGAGAACUUUUGGAAUACUGCAUCAAUACCUGAAGCAAAUAAAGAAUUUCUAGAACUGAAGAAACAACAGCAAGUGGAUAAUAAUUUGCUAGAUAAGCAAAUAUCAGUUCCUUGCGAAAUAAGCACGUCCAUUGAUAGAAAUUUAUCUAUCAAUUGUAAUAAAGAAUACGAGGCACGAAUUUCGAAUAAAUUGAAUCAAAAAAAUAAGAAUAAGACUUUAAAUAACAUAAACAAUAAAUUGAAAAAGAAACGGAAGCCUACUAUUUCAAAGAAGAUAGUAAAGGAAGCAAUGAAGGAAGCAGAUACUGUAAAAAUUAAAUAUCCAACCAUGAAAGAAGCUGUCAUGGCUAGGAUGAUCGAAAUCGAUGUUGAAAUCCAUAAAUUAAUGACAGAAAAGAUGACCCUCUAUCAAAUGUUAACAAACGAUACUUCAUCGAACGACAAUAAUUUGCAACAAAAUAACGUGACGCACGAAGAGAAAAAAGUUGAAACGUCAGUAAUUAGACCUCAAACUCCAUCCGUGUUAAUGACACAAUUACUUCCCGUAGCAAAUCAAUGUGCCAAAGUAACUAUAGGAAGUUUACCUACAAAAGACACUCCGAUUAAUCCGAUACAGCCAAAUAAAUCUAAGACAUUGUAUAAACAUGAUCAUCAUGCAGAGAAAAGGGAAAGUUGUACUUCUACUUGUGGUUCCGAUGAUGAAGAGAUCGCAUAUCAUGCCGAAGAUACUAAAUCAUCUAAAAAAAGAAAGAGACAAAGCUCUGAAAGAGCAGUUAAAAGAUCGGAAAAUAAAUCAGACAGUCAAAAUGUAUGCAACAAGGACACACAAAGUACAGUUACAGAGAAAAAACAAGUUAAUAACGUAAUAAAAGUAACGCUUAAAAAAAUCAAUACGAAACGAACAACAAUAGAACAAAAUUCUGAUCAGGUUUCAGUGAAUGAAACUAUAUUCCAAGAAGAUAUCAAUAAAGAUAUAAUUAAAUCUCAAGAGGCUGAAAACAUUGAAUCUGUGGAACCUCAAAUACUCAAUGAAGGUACUAUUGAAAUAAAAGUACCAGAGCUUAACAAAGAAAAUUAUUUAACAAAAGAUUGCGAAGAAAAACAUGAAACCUCAAACAAGACAAGUAAUGAUGUAGAUUUAGCAAAAAAAUCAAUGGAGAACAAAACACCAGAAAGGUCAUCGAUAUAUUCGGAUGAUAGUACUUGGGAUUCUCUUCUUCAGAAUCCAACCACAGAUGAUCAAAAGAAAUCAAACACUGGCCUUGCUUUGUUAGAGGAAACGUAUAAGAAAGAAAUUGCGAAAACGCGAAGAAUAAGAGCCGAUGCGCGAAGAAAGAAAAAGAAAAAAUUAGAGAAUUUGUUACAGAUUGUGAAUACUCUAACUCCUGAUGAGGAGGAGUUACCACUGUCAGCUCUAUAUGCUAAAAAAUUGCAUCAAAAGAAACAAUUACUGGAUUCUUUCGUACAGCAAACUAAACAACAAACAGGUGAUGAUCCACAAUUAUGGAAAAACGUAGUUGAAGUGAUAAACGCAGUAGCAGAAAACAGAACAGAAGAUCUUUAUGUAGAGUCAUCAGAAAAACGAUUAACUAAUUGCUUUGAAGAUGUCGUAUCCGUUAUACCAAACCCAGAGGUAAACUCUGAAUUUAGAGACGAUAAGGAGAAACAGAUUAUAAAUUCCUCACUAAGAAAUAUUAAAGAAGUUUGCAUCGAACCAUUGGUCGAUGUUAACAUUUCUGACAAUAAAAAUGAAAGGAAUAAUGUUUCGAAGAAAGAUGAUUUACAAAUGUUAUCUAGUAAAUCGCAAGAAUUUUUAAAUAAUGAAUACUUCCAACAAGAUUUGGAAAUCAGUGUGUCAUCAAAAAUUGUAAUGAAUUUAUCCGAAACAUGUACAGAUGAUACAUCUAUGAAUAUCGAAGCAAAUUUAGUAAAAUCCUUUGUACAGCAAGCUGUAGAAAAUGAUAAUGUAAAAAUCAAUCGGUCGACCUCAAUAAAAGAUUCAGAUUCGUGUCUUACGGAAUCAAAUUCAAAUAAUAUUCGCGAUGGUCAGAAUAUCUCGAACGUCUUGGAAUAUUCGAAAAAAGCUGAAAGAAAAACUAAUAUGGAAACUAUGGAGUCUACUUUGCAAAACAAACUAAGUAAUACUGAUGAGAAUAUUGCAAUACAGGAACCUACUAACAGUCAAUUCGUAAGAACAUCUGAAGAUACUCGAAAUAAUUAUGAUGCUUCAACUGAAUCUAACAAUGAUAAAAAUAUUGCUAUUAUGGAUGAAACUGCAUCAAAGGAUAAAUUUGGUUUUAAACUAGAAAACGUAAACGAAGCAAAUAUGCAAGAUUCCUUAGUUUUGUACGAUAAAGAUAAUAAUGUUGACAAUACUGUUGAAGAAUUCGAUUGUAUACCUCAAAAUAAACGUUUUAUAAGUCUCAAAGAACGUAAAGAAUCACAUAAAAGAAAAGAUAUUGAGCGAUUUGAUAAGACUGCAUGCGAAGAAAAUAAUAAUAAGAAGUGCGCAUCUGUUUCUUCUUUUACUGAGAAUACAGAAGCAUUAAAAAGCGAUGAAGUAUUAAGUAAGAAAUCGUUUAAGCAUAAGAAAGGAAGCAGCAAGACUGCUGUUCGACGAAGCUCGAGAUAUGCCGAAGAACCUAUGAAACGUAUAAAAGUAGAGAUUGAUGUAACCGUCCCAAAUGCUGAGCAAGAGGAAAAGAAUUUCAGGAUGCAGUUUCCAAGUACAUCACCAUACGAAGAAGUCGAAACUAUAUUAGUAAAUACUAGAAGGAAUCGUAAUAUUCAAAAGCCAAUAACGAACAGGAAGCGACGCACGCCUAUUCUUUCAGAAAUUGAAGUUGUGGCACACGAAUUGAAUUCAAGUAAUGGAUCUUUAAAAAGAAUUAAAAGACACAAAAAACAUACAAUGUCCGAAAUGAUGAAUUGCGUGGUACAGAUAGUAGAUUGUAGACAUACGAUUUUGAAUCCGAAUGUAAGCUUAGACGUAUUACAAAAGUAUGGAAUAUCCAAAAUUAACACAUAUGUCUAUCCUAACUCUAUUCAAAUGGAUUCUUCCGUAAGUCUUAUGGAAUCAACAUCAACCAAAGAUUUGCCUACUGUAUGCAAGACAACAUCAUUGAGUGAAUUACCACGAAGUCAGACUUCAACAUUGAUUAAAAAAUUCGACGAUACAACACGACUUGUUAAUGAUCAAAUAAGUUCCAUUAAAAUUAAGAAAAUACCAAGAUCUGCAAAUAUGGAUUCAUCUGUAAAUGAUAGAGAAGAAUGUGCAGACCCUGAUAUCGAAGUUAUGCCAGUUUUAGUGAAGGAACCUAUUACUGUAGACAUUAUACAGAAUUGUGAUAAGCCAGAUAUUGAAAUUGUGGAAGAAAAAACGAUAGUUACUAAGAAUCAACAACACAGCAAGUCUGGAUCAACAUUGACUGCAAUAGAUACAAAUGAAGAUAAAGAACUACUGAGGACGCAAUAUACGGUUCAUAAAGGUCCUAUUUUAGAUAUUAAGGUUUUUGAGAAUUCAUUCCUAGCCGCAAGUGAAGAUGGCAGAAUAUACAGGUACAAUCAAGCAUCUAAUGGAAUAUUAAACAUCUAUAAAGGUCAUCAAGCAGCAGUAACUUGUUUAUAUGUAUACAAUACAACUAGCACAGAUAUUAGCAAAGAAUGGAUGUUCUCUGGUUCAUUGGAUGGAACCUUACGAUGUUACAACAUAAUGACUGGAGUACAAGUGAGAGAUACAGCAGAUAUAGGUAGCCCCAUACAAUGUAUGGAUGAAGCAUGGGGAAUAAUUUUUAUUGGUACUAAAUCAGGGCAUGUAUCUCGCUAUCAUAUAAAGUCAGGUACAAUUAAAGGAAACAGCAUACAGUUCUCAGAUAAGUCUGUAUUAGCUUUAAAAGCAACUAACGAGGGUCCACGAAGAGUUCUUAUCGUAGCAUCACGUAGUCAACCGAUAACGAUACGAGAUGCUCAAAAUGGCCUAUUUCUUCGGACAAUUUGUGGUCAGAAAAGUCACACUGUGUAUAGUUUGAUGCGUGAUAAUCAUUUGAUUUAUUGUGGUACAAGUAGCACAUCUAUACUUGUCUUUGAUUUUACGAAUGGCGAACAAACAAUGCAGUAUGAUGCUGGUGUAGGAAUUGUAUGCAUGCGUCUGUAUAAACAACUAUUAUUUGCUGGUUGUUAUGAUGGAAAUAUUUAUGUAUUUAAUACAAAGGAUCAUCAACUUGUAUGCAGUAUACCUGGACCUGGUAAUAUGUUAUUAAGUAUGGAAGUCAUAGACAAUAAGAUCAUAGCUGGUAGCAAAGAUAAACGUUUGCAAUCAUGGCAAAUGCCACGACAAGUACGAUCUUUGCUAUAGAAAGUGAAUCAAGCUUGAUUUGACAGAUCCUAGUCUAGUCGUGCUCCGAGGAAAAAGAUUAUUAAAUUUGGAGUACAAUCUGCCUAUGAAAUCAUUGUACAGACUCAGAGGAGUUACUUUGUAAUAUAUAUACAUAUAUACAUUUUA